UAGAGCGAGAGAGGAUCAUGUUAUGAUAACCACUGGUUAGCUGUGCAUCCAUCAUUUCUUCAUGGAGUACCAGUGACCACAACAGCCAAGUGAAACUUAAAGCCACGAGCGAAAGUUUUGGAAAAUAUCCCGUCUUCCAGCUUGCUAGUUGCCUCGCGAAUUAAGAUGGAAACAAAGAGUACUGCCUUUUCUGCGGCUGUUCCUAUUCCUGAAUUGCUUGACAAAUAUAAUUAUGCGAAAUGGGCGAUUCUGGUACGAACCUACUUGGAGGGUCAAGAUCUUUGGGAGGACAUCAUUAACGAUAACGAAAAUGCAACAGCAGCACCUUCUCAGAAAGAAAAUGAUGAUGAAGAUGCUAUUAAGGUUCGGAGAAGGAGGAACUUCAUGGCUUUACAUGUGAUCCAGACUUCAUGCGGGCCAGACGCAUUUUCUCAGAUUAGCACAGUUCGUUCAGCCGACACUGCUUGGCAAACUUUGAAAAUGAAGUAUCUACCAGCUGCCGACUGCACGCCGACUGCAUUUCCCGACUGCACAAAUCAUUUCUGAUCUUCAGUAUGCGGACUUGUACAGGGCUGUGCGUCGUGGUGAUUUGACUGCUUUAAGGGAGUUUCUUGAUUCUCAACCAAGGGCAGUAAGCAAGGCAAUCACAAAUAAAGGCGAAACGGCUCUUCACAUUGCUAUUGCUGCUGGACAUGCCCAUAUAGUCGAGGAGUUGGUGCGACGUCGAAUGUCGGAAGAAGACUUGGGAAUUGCAGAUGGUGAGGGUUACACAGCUCCAAUGUUGGUUCUUGUGUAUGGAAUUUCCGAACUGAAGCACCAUUUCCCUCUCAGUUCGCUGAAGGAUAUGGUGCUUGCAGAAAAUGGCUGCAAAGGAGCUAUGCUUCUUACCCGUGCAAUAUAUACCGGAAACUUUGAUCUUGCUUUCGAAUUAAUCUCGAGUUACCCAAAUUUGACACUUGCUCUUGACGACCGCGGCGAGUCCCCCUUCUUAGCAUUGGCUUCUAUGCCCCAAGCAUUUAAGAGUGGAAACCGGCUUGGGUUUUGGAAACGACGGAUCUAUUCCAGUAUACAGCUCACUGAUCAAUCGACAGCUCGUUUCACCAAUGACACUCGUUUGGAUAUUAACAACGAAGGACAUUUUAUUACAACGGGAUUAGCGCCAGCAGCACUGUUGCGCCAUCUAGUUCCCAGAACUUUCCGCAAGUACUUGUUGGUAUUAUAUACCAACAACUUGUUCGGUAUAUCGCGUCUACUCCAUCAAAUCAAGCAAUUACGUAAGGAAUUAUAUGAAAUGAAGAAGAUGGAUAUACAAUCUGAAAAACUACUUUCACUCAUGUCUUCGGAGAUAUCAAGAUCAUUACGAGAAACUGGCGGACAACUUGAAAACAUUGGUGGGGUUUAUGAUGCAAUCAACCGUGCUGUCAAGAAUGGGAUUCCUGAGUUUGUUUCUGCGAUAGUGCCGAUGGAUCCGAGAUUUUUGGAGCAUAAAGAUAGAGAUUCAAGAAACCUACUUUUGCUUGCCGUUCUGUAUCGCCAAUAUGAGAUCUUUAGGCUUAUAUAUGGGCUUGAUAAGUAUAACAUUUUGGCAUCUUCUAGAGAUCGCAACGAUGAUAACGUGUUACAUAUGGCAGGAAUAAUAGAAGAUUCCACCAAGUUUGAAUAUCAAAUCUCUGGUGCAGCUUUACAGAUACAAAGAGAGUUACGAGGGUUUAAGGUCAUUUCUAUCUCUCUCUCAUAUUUUAUUUUCCCUUUCUUUUGGUAAGUUAACUUUCCUUAUCCUAAAAAGGAAACAAGAUACACAACAAACUCAAAACUACGAAACCUGCAUGAAUGCUCAUCAUGACAACCCAUUUUUAUUUGAGAACACACCAUACCUAAACAUAUGGAUUGAGACUUUCCCUAAUUCCCUGUCUAACUUGGAUGGUCUAAUUUGUGAAAAGAAAGAUAUAAUAAUAUACGUGUGGAAUUCACAAUGUCCAAUAGUCUCUGAUCUCUCUCUCUCUCUCUAGUUAUAUCUAUAGCCAAUCCACUGCUUCAAUGUAGUGAUGAUCCAUUAAAAAAAGAAAAAAAAAAAGGAUCUAUUUAUAAACCCUCAAUCUAGCGUCAGGUUCUAGAUCUUCGACGGUAGAUUUAUGAUCCUGAUGGCCAUAAACCCCCCAACCUCUCAUACAUAACCCUCAAUUGUUAAUUCAUCACUACAUGAUCUCUCUCCCGCUCCCUCGUUAGGAUUGGUCUUCUAAUCAUUCCUUUUCAAUUUACAAAUUUAAAAUAUAUUAUAUACACGCACACACAAAAAUAAUUUCAUGAGAGCUGGGUAUUUUACUAUAGACUAGGUAGAACAAGAAUAAUUGGAAAAUAUCUAUCACUUACAACCUUUCAAAGAAUAAACUCUAUUCUCAUAAAGCCAUAUAUAUCAUGAACUAUCUCACUCCAUUAUUAUUGUAUAACAGUUAAUGUUAUUAAUUAAGCCACAUCGUCUACACUUCGUUUGUGCUAUUGAUAUAUAACAUAUAGCAUCAAGUUAUGAAAUAAAAAAUAAUAUAUACAAUCAAAUUACCAACUUUUUUUCAUACAUACUCUAAAAUUUUCAAAGUAUGUAGUUUUAAAAGUAAAGUUUUUAUAUCAAAAUGGCAUAUAUAUUUGACUAGGUUUCUACUUUAUUUGAAGUUAAUUAAUAGCCUUUUAAUUUUCCUAAAAUAUAUUUACUGGUUCUCAUCUUUUUUCUUUGGGCACAUUAUAUAAGUAUUUUUUUAAUGCCCUUUUCACUUAAGCAAAGUUUGCAAGGGUUGCAAAUUAGGCAUGUUUGUGCACUUGGAGUAUCUCAGAAUUUUGGGACUAAUAGUGAAAUCGUUUGAGUGAAGAUAUUUUAUUGAGUAAUGGAAAAGGCGAAAGGAAAUGUUGAAUACAAAUAUUAUAAAUUUAAAAAAAAUUAAAUAAUCUUUUAAAAUAAUUUUUGUUUUGAAGUUUGUAAAAGUUGUAUUGAUUUUUGUGUUUGAAUAAAGAUUAAGUAAGCAUUAGAUGAAAAAACUGAAUAUUUGAAAUUAAAAUAUAUUUUGUGUUUGAGUGAUACUAGCUUGCAUUGAAAAUGAAAUUAUGAAAAGUUUUGAGAAUUAUAUAUGCUAAUAUAAUAUAUAUAUAUAUAUAUAUAUAUAUAUAUAUGUAUAUAUAAACUAUACUAUAUUAAUGUAAAUAUCAUAGUAUAUUGUAUUUUUUUUUUUUUAUAAAUUUUCAUUUUAUUAAAACCGAAAAACCGGACCAGAACCAGCAAAACCGAACGUACCAGUUUAGAAGAUAACUAGUGCAUAAUCGAUUUUUAAAAAUAUAAAAUUAGUACAUAACAGUUCAGUUCUAAAUUUUCUAAAAAAUCAGAUCGGACCGGUUACGUUAAGGAAAUGCUUGAGAUUGGUGUAAGAAGAAGUGAGGGAAAGGGGGUGCUAUUUAUAAGGUUCAAGUGAGGAAGCGAGAGGUGCAUGUGGGUGAAGUGGUGCACGGCUUGGCUGAAUUGUGGUGAAGGUGAUUGGUGUGAGUUUCGGUGGAGUGCAUGCUUGAGUUUCCAGAUCUAUACAUUUGAAUAAAUCACCUUAUUUACUCAUGGACAUGGACCAAAGGAGGAUAGAUGUAGGGGUUGAGUGGUUUCAGAACUUAGCACAAAAAUCAGAUGAUUUCUCAAUAGAAACCAAGUGUAGGCCGACGAUUUUGAGUUUUAAAAACCUUUCCAGAUUUGAUCGAAUCUUGUCCAAUCCUUGUGGAAAGUUCUUGGCCCCUAUUCCUUACUGUUUGAGUGACCGUUCAAGAGGUGAAAUGAGGCACAAAUGUUAGACACUUGGUGUUUGAUGUGGAGCAAAAGAAAGUGGGUUGAAUUAAAUAAGGUUUCAGCCGACACUUGGAAUGAUCAUGGGAGUUGUUCUUGGCUACAUCUUAGGUCUGAAUUUUCCAGAAUUAUGUGUCGUGAAGGCGUAGGUUACUCAAGUGCAGAAAAUCAGUUGAUGAAAUGUUUCAAAGAACAAGGUUUUGUUGGCUUGUAAUUGGAGUGCAUCGGUUUGCACCUAGUGCAUCCGAUUGGUCGGUUUCUUGGCAUUGACCUGCCUUUUCACACAUGAAAUAAGUUGCAAUAUUCCAUCUACGUACGUUUAUCUCGUACGUUCGAUGUAUCUAUUUUAAUUAUUUGCUCAAAACGAGGGCCAAGCAUCAAAGCUGUUAGAAAAAGAAUAGUAAACUAAGAUUGAAAUUGUAAAAGAGGGAGGUUAUUGUUAAUUUGUCUCUUAGACAAAUAUUAUAUCUCA